AACCCGCGCUGCCCCCCUGACACCGUGGCCUGCCACAGGCUGGCAAGUUCUUCGGUGACGACUACGUGGGCGCGGUGUCGGGCUGCACCGCCGAGGACGCCCACGAGGCAGCCCUGGAGGCAGACAUGGCGGCGGCCCGGGCGCGCAGCUUCGAGGCACAACGCCGCGCUGGGGCCCCGUCUGCAACCUCAGCCGGCACAGCGGCACCCAUGCGCUCUGGCGCGCUCCCCACCGCCGCCGCCAUCUCCACCUCACUGCCAUCUUUGCGUCGGGGCCUGCCGAGCAGCAACAGUGGCUGGCAGCAGCGCAGCCUCAGCGGCAGCGCUGCUUUUAGCUGGGGCGGCGGCGCUGCUGGCGGCGGCGGCAGCGCCAGUGCAGGCAGGUGGGCGGCAGCGAGGGACGUGCACCCGCUCAGCGUUGUGAAGGCGGCGGCGGCAGGACCUGCUGCCCAAGGAGGAGCGGGAGGAGUCAAUGGCGGUGGCGGUGGUGGUGGUGGUGGCGUCAGCCCAGGUCACGCGCGGUGGCGCUGGGGCGCCAUUGCACGUCAGGCGGUGGCGGCGGAGGUGGCGGCGGGGACGCCUCCGCCCAAGCAUGCAGCCGCUAGCAACACGAGGGGCAGUGGCGGCAGCCCUGACGCGGGGCAUGGCGCUGGCAACCUAGGCGGCGCAGGUAGCUUAGGCAGCUUGGGCGCGGGUGGAGGUGGUGGUGGCUCGCAGCUGUCGGCGGGCCAGCAGGCGGCGCUGGAGCGGAUAUUGAUGCCCGAUUUGCUGGGACUGGGGCUGGACGGGCAGGGGAAGAGGACGGGGUAGCUGCGGAUAGAGGACGGCUGGGGCAGGGCAAGUGGGUGGGUGGGGGCAUUGUUCGGGCCUCGGGGUGUCCGGGGUACUGGAGGGGAAGGACAGAGGCAACGGAAGGGUCGUCGUCGAGGCAGGGCCGCAGGGCCGCAGGAGUAGGAGUGGGCGAAGCGGGGGCUUUGCCCUGGAGAGUACCGUGUGAUUAGGUGUGAUUGGUGUGAGGGAUCCGGCAACGUAGGCAGGACCAAUCACAUGGGGUGCGAUGGGGCAGGGUAAGGGGCAGGCUGGCGUAGUGUGCCGUUAUAUUCCUCCUGCAAGCAAGAGCAGAGGGUGGUGAGACUGGGUGAGAAGCAUAGUCCCGGGUGUGAUGACUAGAAGCCCGGCCCACGAAGGGGCAGGCUGGCGUAGUGUGCCGAAGGUCAUUUCCGGCUGUCUGCUGAAAGCCAUGAGGCGACGACUGAGGGGCUGAGCCAGGAACACACGUGCGAUUGGGCGAGUAGGCAACCAUGCUGCAGGCGAGGUGGGUUUUACCGUGAAAUACCGUACACCGCCGGCUGAUGCGGUGGGAUUGUGGGCAACCGACCUGCUGGGGGUGAGCACAGGGACUAGCAUUUGAUCCUUGCGGAGUUGCGGCUGCCUGCACACCACAGCACUGCUGAGGGGUGUAUUAGCAAAGCAACCAGGUUUGCGGGGUCUCUCGGGACAUGCGAGGGCACGUGGCGCCCAUGCAGGUUUUCGCACAGCCCAGUCA